AUGACCUACAACAUCAACGGGAUGAGCAAGAGCUAUCCCGUUGUUAUGCGAGGAUGCUUUCAGCAGCAGCAGCAGAUGGAGGAAUCUCGGUAUCUGUGUCGGGAUCAAUAUUUCGCGGCAAACGAAGAACCAGAAUACGAGUGGGAAAACUUUCAAACAUCAUACAUCAAUUGCAAUGGCUCCGAUGCAACGCAUCGUAACGCGACGGGCUGUGUUUCGAACGCUUUCCACCAGCAAGCGCUAGAGCGCCACUUCGCUUUCGCAUGCAAAACGCACGCGCUCUUCGGGAUCAUCGAUCCAACGAAAUUCCCACCGCUUCGCAACGGUAACAGUGCAAAACCUGGCCAGUUCAAAACAAUAAUGGCCAGUUCGGUGCAGGAACAGCUCAUCCAUUCGGACGAGAAUUUCAAUGUGUAUCUUUUCAAGCAAACAACAUCGGCCAUUGGCUUUCGCUGGCAAUUUCCUGACGAAUCACCACUGGAGCAACCGUUCGAUUUGUUUAAAGUAGAAAAAUGCUACAGCUGCAAACGGAACCAGUGGGAUGUGGUUCAUUGGGGCACGGCUUGGUCCGUAACAGUUCGAAAUCUGGAGCAAAAUCUGUGCUAUUCGUUUCGGAUCAAUGUGCUCAAACAGGAUACGGAUGACGACAGCUUUAUCUAUGUACGACGUUCCGGUAUGUUCAAAUCGUUCACCCUACCGGAUGUUCCGUCUACUACGGCCGUAUUUAGAGCGGUGAAAAAAAGUCAACCGGAAUUGAUUCGAAAGCAGUUAAGCAUCAAACCAGAGCUGGUUAAUGUUCCGGUUAAUGGUGAAACACUACUGUAUCAGGCUGUUAGAACUGGCAAUGUGGAAGUCAUCGAUCUACUGCUUGAACUCGGCGCCAAUGUAAAUCUUGGAGUCCCGAUGAACGGAGAAACGCCCCUUCAUCUUGCAGUGUACAACAAGAACAUCAAAAUGGUUCGUCAUCUAAUCGAGCACGGAGCGGAUCUGAACCUAACAAAUUGUGUGGGUUUGACAGCGGGACAUUAUGCGGUUGAUAGUAACGAUUUACAAACUCUGAAAUUUGUGCUCUCUCAUGGAUGUAGUGCCGAAGCUCGUGAUCGCUGCAGCUGGACGCUAAUCUUCCGGGCAAUUUUCGUACAUGCAAGUUCGGAUGUCAUCAAGUACCUACUGGAGAAGAAAUGUCGUUUGAAAAUCCGCGACAAAAACCAUCUAACGCCACUGGACUACGCACGGCUGACCGACCAGCCGGAUGUCAUCAAACUACUUAAACGAAGACUAAAGAUCUAA